UAUUCGUGACCGUCAGAUUUCAAAAACGAUUGACAAUUACUGCCGAGAAAGUUAUGGACAUGAUAUUGGAAGGUUUCACUACCUCUCUAGGCACGAAUAUCGAGGGUAAAUCCGGAUUAUUAAUACAAUCUAUCAUUCCAUAUAUUGCUGUUACGUUAGAAGCCUUUGUUUUCUGCUUUACUGGCAAAUAUCUGAGCAUUAAGAGCAAGUCCAUCAGCAAUGCGGCAUACGAAAUUUUUUAAUACAAUUUGUCUAUCAGUGAAUGCCGAAUUUUAUUAUUGAUAAUUGUCAGAUCUCAAAAGCAACGAUCACGGCUGGGAAACUUAUAGAUCUGACAUUGGAAGAUUUUACGACUGUAAGAUUCUUAUUGUUCGAAGAUUUUUUUUUAUGUGUAACAUAACACAUAAUUAAUGCUUUUAUAUACGUAAAGAGUUAUUAAUUCAAUAUUGAAUUAUGAGUCUUAUAAUUAGAUAUAAUAAAUUAGAUAUAAUAUAUAGUAAAACUGUACUGUUGUAUACGCCAUAUUAAUAUUGAAAUUUUAAAGAACAUCUGUGCUUUUAGUUGCUGUUUUUUUAUAGAAAUAAAUUCUUUAGUUAUGAAAGUUUCAGCGUCGUACUUGUCAGUAUUGUACGCAAUGUAUUGAGACUUAAACUGACUUAUCCCGAGUAAUUAACCGGGUAAUUUGCUGAUUAACUAAGUGUAAAAGGACUUGUAAAACAAAUAAAAACCAACAAAAUUAAAUGUUGAACUUGUUUUGUUAUAAAUUGUUGUAUCCGCUGAAAAACGCAGAAUUAAAAAUGAAAAUUAUUAUUUAACAAAAUAUUUGUGUCAAUAUUUUUACGCGACAAACAGGCCAAUGAUUAAAUUACCCGUUUAUUAAAAAUCUAUUAGGUGGCAAUAAGAAUAUAUAUUAAAGCUUUAGUUACAUUUCUGAAUUUAUCAAAUUAUUUUUCCAUCUUUAUAUUGACACAGCGAUUCAUUUUGCAAUCAGAAAAUUUAUUGUACUCAAUAUUUUCGAAGUUUUUCUAGAUUCGUCAGUGAAUAUUAUUUCAAAUAAUUUGCAGAAGACAUAUUCGUAUGUACAAUACGCAUGUGAACCAUAAAAAUAAAUUACACAAAUGGUCUCGUGAAUGUUAUCAUGUACUUUCAUAAUUUACUUUUUUUUAAACUCGCGAACAAACUACGAACAAUUUAGUUCCAUUUGCCUAGAAUACGUAAAGUAUAAUUACAAUUUUUCCAUCAAGCUAUGCAGAAAAAGAAGUGGACAUUUAUACUUUUUCGACGAGAAAAGUUACGUUGACAAAGGGACAUGAUUGUAAAAAAACUGAUGCGCAGUGAACUGUUCGUCAUUUUUCUUUACUUUCAUUAAAUCGUCAAAAUAUUAUUGACGAUUUAAUUGUGGCCUUAAAUUACAGUUUGACAUAAAUUUGCUAGUUUGUGGAUACAUUGCCGAUAAGAUAAUGUAAUAUGUUACGUAAUAUUAAUUUUGUUACAUAGUCGUGUUCAAAUAACAAGAUUUCUCAAUUUCUUAACACACAUCAUCGAUUCAAAUUUCGUUAAUGACUUAAAAUCAUCAAACCUUAACACGAACAUUUAUACAACAUUUGUGUCUCACAAAAGUGCAAUGUUUCUAUUUUAAUAUUCAUUGUAUAAAACAAUAAAUUACAGAAUUCUUCAUGAAAACCUAACUGCUAUGAAUAAUGAUUGGCGCGAAUGCAUCAAUGUUGAUCGGCAUUUGUAUGUUAUGCAAAUCAAUGAUAAUGUUGCGCAUUUUUUACCAACGCUUUAUUUAGCUUUAAUACGAUUACUAGGAUAUUUUACUUCUUAGGAGAAUAUGCAAUUCCUUUUAUGUUUUUAAUUAAAGACUAUAAUGAUACUUUACGAUUAUUUCCUAUGAAGGUACAAUUUCCCCAUGAAACUCAACAAUUGCCUUUAUUUGAACUUCUUUUUGUGAUAUUAUUUCUACAUGUGAUGUUAAAUUCAACUUUUCUGGCUGUUGUAAACACAAUGAUCUUUACUUUGGUAAUUUUCAUAUUUUUUAUAUAUCUAUAUUUAUGUAUUAAUUAAAUUUAUGGAACAGAAUGAUUUGUUAAUUAAAUACUAUGAAUAUUAUUAUUAAAUAUUAUCAUUAAAUUUUUAUUUUAAAUAAGAAUUUUGCAAAAUUUUGUUACAUGUAUAUAUCCGUUUUGAAUGCUAAUACCAUAAAAAGCAGUAGAUUUCUUAAAGUAAUAGUGUAAUUAAUAAAAGCUAAUAGGUUAACAUGAUAUUGAUAGUAAACAAAGAAUUAAAGUUAUUAAAAAUAUAAUUGUUAUUUUUCGACUUUUUAUAUUUGUUAAAUAUAAAUUUAAAAACAUAUAAAUUCCAUAAAGUAAAGGUGCAAUUAAUGCUUUAUUUCUUUGCAUUAUUAUUAUUAAUACUCUUACCCAAAGAUAUACAUAUAACGGAGUGCGUAUGUUUAGGUAAUAUAUACUGAAUUUUUAUUAAAAAAGCGCAUAUAAGAUUUUGUGUGUGUGUGUGUGUGUGUGUGUGUGUGUGUGUGUGUGUGUGUGUGUGUGUGUGUGUGUAUCUGUGUGUGCGUGUCAACAAGUUUUUUUUAUUAUCAAAACAGUCCAUAAGCGAACGUUGUAUAUACAAUGACAUAUAUAAUAUGCAAUAACAUUUUCUGUUGCGUAUAGAAAUCGUGCAUAUAUAAAAUCAAUAAUAUUAAAGCAUUAUAGAUGCAUUUGGCAUUGUGUUCGUGCUCGAGAUCGUGGCGUGACGUCGGCAUACAUACAUGACCAUAUUUGGAGUUGUUUAAAGGCCGUCGUCAACGAUCAUUCUUUUGUCUAAAAAUAACGCAAAUGAGAAUUAUAAAAAAAGGGGAAUUGAAAGUCGGAAAAUAGCAUGUCUUUUGGGCAAAGAAUCUUCACUUUUGGUUCGGCCCCCGAGUAAUAAACACGGAUUCUCUCUCUCUCCCGGUCACGCAGUUAUCGCUACGAUCUCGAAGUCGCGACGCACUACCAUUAGUGAUUGUGAGAUCCACGGAUCUUCAACGAAUUAUUAGCACGGUCGUUACGCAUCAUAUUGAUAUUUGCAGCGACUCAGUUCGCGUGUGCUUCUAGGCGUUGUCGCCGCCUAAUCACAAUCACAAUCCGGCGACUCAGGGCAUACGUGUUCCUAGGCGUUGUCGCUGUGAAAUAGUGCGUGCGCGAUCGAAAGCUUCUAUAAUAUAAAAUAAAACUGUCAAAUAAAAACGAUCGAUAUCGCGGAGUGUUUCAAUAAACUCACUAUAUAAAGUGACUAUAAAUUAA